AUGAGAUUAGGUAGGGUAGUCGUAUUGUGUUUUUCAUUAUCGGUAAUAUAUGCCUCUGCAAUUCCCCAGGAUGUUGCUUCAAAUGUGGAAACUGUGAGAAGUAAAGCUCAUAAGUCGUAUAAAAAGGUUAUGGAGCAAGGAAAGACAUGUCUGGGAAAGGUAUGCGAGCUUUUUGGAAGGGGACGAGAUAUUCUUUGUACCAGAAUCAAGAAUGCUUUGUCUUCGAUUAGAAGGAAAGGCGAAAAGGACGGUAAGACAGCUGGGUCUGGAGAAGGAGAGGGAUCGGAAGAAGAGGCAUUUGAUCUUUCGCCUGAGGAUAUUGAGAAGCUAAUUGAGGAGAUCAAGAAAAAGCUAUCGGGAUAUAUGGAUGUAACGGGAGAACAGCAGGAAGGAGAAGGAGAGAAAGAGGAAGAAAAAGAGGAGUUGUGA